AUCUUUAGAGAUCUUAAAGGAUCUUUUCAAAAUUAAUAUAUUUUUCAAGAUCUUUCAUUUGAGGACCUUUGCAAGAUCUUUCAAAGAUCUUUUAAGAAUCUUUGAAAGAUCAUUAUCAAGAUGCACAAAGAUCCAGUAAGAUUUUUUACCAGGGAUGCCUACCUCUCUAAACAGCCACCUCUACAAUUUUUUUCAUUGUGUACUUUGUCCCAACCAUGAGCCAAUCCAUACAUGUUAUGACUUGUUGGCAUCACCCUGCAGUGGCAAGUUUAGCCUGCGUAGCAAGUAUUUCUGUAUGGGCCGAAUGACAUUGGGCUGCACGAAAGAGCUUUUUCUCAUUCAGGCUGCACAAAAAAUGGGGUGAGAGCAAAGAGGUUGAAGGAAGCCGAUCAGCUUCUUCUACCUUUUUGCUCUCGUUCCACUUUUUGCGCAGCCUGAAAUGCUCUUGCUCCAUUAUUCUUGCAGCCCAAAAUGUGAAAAAGCUCUUUCAUGUGACCCAAUUUCAUUCAACUCGUACAGGAACACUUGCUACACAGACUAUCAGGCCAGUUAAUUCUGCCCUAGGAUGGCCACGAGAGGUUCAACAUAUAUUUAUCAAUAACUGCCGUUAGGUUGAUAACAAUGUCACCAGACACAUUGACAAAGAGCUGAGUAGUGAUGACUGGGACGUGAUGAUACUUCACUACCUGGGCCUGGAUCAUAUAGGACAUAUUGCCGGACCAUCCAGUCCCUUUGUGGGGCCAAAACUUCUAGAAAUGGACCAUGUUGUUAAUGACAUUUACAAAGCAAUGCUUAAAUGGGAUCGAGGAGGAAAGGCUCCUUCCCUGCUGGUGCUGUGUGGUGAUCAUGGAAUGAGUGAUGCAGGGAGUCAUGGAGGUGCAUCUUCUGCCGAGACCAGCACACCCCUUGUGUUUAUGAGCCCUUUAUUUGAACACAGUGGAGGUGAAGAGUUUUCCAAGAAACAAGUUCAACAAAUAGAUCUUGUACCAACCUUGAGUCUUCUUUUGGGACUUCCUAUUCCUCAAAACAGCAUAGGAAUUGCCCUUCCUAACCUCUUCAACUUCCAUGAGCCAAGGGAGAUGCUUAGAGCCCUACAGCUGAACACUUACCAACUGUCUCAAGUACUUACUGCAAAUGGCCAUUCAGUUGAUGAUAUGUGGGAACCUCAACAUGCACAUAAGCUGCACUCUGAUUGGUUGAAAUCAGCAGCAGUCAGUCACAAUGCCAAGAACCUAGAGACUAUGGCAGGCAAGGUUGCUAAGCAGUACAUCCUGGCACUUCAGAAAAUGAGCAGUCAUGUGACUGCCUCGCUUUCAAGCUAUGACCUGCAUGCAAUGGUUUGUGGUAUAGCUGUUUUGGUUCAAACGCUGUACUGGGUCAUCUCUGGAUUACUUCAACUUUAUUUUCAGAACAAAAGAGAGGACUGGCUGAACGUUUCUGUAACAAGUAUUUUUGUUGUGAGUGGCACUGUUUUGCUUGUUGCAGUUCUUCAUCUGUCUACUUGUUCCAGUACAGUGAUUGGCGGAAGCGACAUCUUGUGCUCAACAAACACUGCCGAAUCCAUUCUUUACAGUUUGGUAUUUGCCUUGCAAUCAGGAGUCACUCUUGUAUCCAUCAUGUUUUGCCUUAAUCGCUACAUUCUUAGCCAACAGUCUCCUCGCGUAUCGCUAUUUUCGGCUUUUUCAUCCCUAUUCCAAAGCUCGUCAUGCAGUGUUCUUGCAAUAGGAGUUUUACUUCACGCUCUGAGUCUUCUAUCGAGUAGUUUUGUGGAAGAAGAGCAUCAAACAUGGUACUUUUUCACUUCAGCUUUGUUCGUGAUGAUAUUCCUUGAGAAAAGCACGUUGUUUCGUAGGGGAAAGAAUCACAAGGAUUCGGAGAAACCAGAAACGGUACCAAGGCAGGAAGAAAUCUCGAAAGACAAAAAUUCUCAAAAAUGUAGCAGUGAAAAAGUAUUUGAUCAUAGUAAUGAAGUUAGGAACGCGAACUUUCAUAAUGAUCACAGCUAUUCCAAAAGCAGUGGGAUAAAUGUGGAUGGUGUUUUGUCAGAGGGUGAAAAUGCCGUCGAAGAUCUCUCACGGCCAGUGUCAGCCAGGAAGAAGGUUGAAAUGACACAUCAAAAUGGCUUUUUGUCGUAUCUUUUGGCUGUUUUAGCACUGCUUGGUUUAGGAAGAUUAUCCAGAGGUUGGAACCAAACUGGAAUGAAAUGGGCUGAUAGGCCUGACAUCGGAGAUUGGCUCGUAAAGCCCGAAAACAGAACAGUCUUGUCUAUUUGCUACUUUAUAUCUCUAAUUGCCAUUGCCGGAUUUCGUUACAAUCGUCAAAAUGCUGUAACUUCAUUUGUCUUUAUCAUCGGCGCUGCGAAUGCUUAUGUUUACAGGACUGUCACGGGGAGUCUCCGGUUACCAUGGAUACCAAAUGAACCAAUAUCUUUUUCUCUUGCAGGCACUUACAACAGGUGGGAUCCCAGGAUUUAUUGA